UCGCAAGUGAGAAAACCAAUGCAAUGCGAACCUCGACCAGGGGGCAAAAAGUGGCACGCAAAUCCGCAGCAAAAGCGAGGCCGUCGCUGGCCCCAGUGCCUCCGGACCUGACAGUCAAUUCUCGUGUGUUGGUGAAGGCAGUUGAAGGUGAAGAUCCACUGCCAGGUACCAUUUUGUUCGUUGGGCCGACUCAGUUCGCUGAGGGCACAUGGCUGGGUGUGGAGCUGGAUGAACCGAAAGGGAAGAACAAUGGCACUGUACAAAAUGUGAGUUAUUUUGCCGCCCGCCCCGACCACGGCCUGUUCGUUCGCGCCGCCAAAGUGCAAAAGAUUCAGGAGGCGCUACCAAUAGAGCAGAAGGUCCUUCCUCCUGAAAACGCAUUGAACUUCAAGGUCGGAGAUCAUGUUCUGGUAAGGCCAGCACAGGAUUCCGCGGGCAUCAUUCGCUUUGCUGGAACCACCAAGUUCGCUGAAGGUGAGUGGUUUGGAAUAGAACUGGAAAAACCUCUGGGAAAAAAUGAUGGCACCGUGAAAGGCGUUUCUUACUUUUCAUGCCCGGCAAUGCACGGAAUUUUUGCUCGUCGUGAUCACUUGCUUGAAGCAUCUGGGUCUGCUUCAACUACGCUGCCAUCCCCAACUUCCUCCAAAUUGCUGACGCCACCCUCUACCUCGCCAAGUGCGACCCCGCAGAGCGAUGCAGCGAAAGAGGAGACUGCUGAGACUAGGCUGUCCGUUCAGGUGGAGAUACUAAAAAGUGCAGAGUUAGAAGAGAUGAAGGCAGAAGUGGAACGCUUGAGGCAGGAACUGCAGCGGCAGUACGCUCUAAAGGAGUCAUCUCAAUCAGUAGGUGCUGCAGUGCCUUCCCGCAUCACGAAAAGGAUGAAGGAGGAGUUCCAGAAUGAGAUCGAUCACUUCCUGGAGCGCAGAAAACCUUUGACCCCCAGGGAACUCUGUGGACCAACUGGCUUUGGGACUUUCCUUCAAGAGCAAAAGAAGGCGAUGAUGGAGAGCAACACAAUGACGAGCUUCUUUGACAUUGCCACCAGUGCUUCCCAGCUGUGGCUGAAGCUGGAUUCUGAUGCUAAAAUCAGCUGGCAAGAGCGGCAGAGAGUGUUGAUGGCGCGCCACAAAAGUGAAAAGCCAAAGGCACUACAGGUGGCCAAAGAUACCAAGUGGAAGUUGGAGUCGCCUGGUGUCAGCCGGCACAGCGAUCAGUACUUUUGUACGGUCACAGAGGUGCGGCAGAUUGGGACUGACUCGAUUGAGUUGGACUUCCUUGUCGAAGGUGACGGAUCACGCGGAGGCUUACAGAAGCCGGAGGCGAGCAAGCUAACGUGGGACGGCAAGAAAAAGCGCUCCCGCCCAGAGAGGCCAGUGUAUUUAAAGGUGAACGAGGAUAGAGGAGAAUCUGGACCUUCGAAGAUGGAAGGGACCAUGGUUUUCAAGAAGGUUCCAACCAGUGGAAUUUUGACCUUCAGUUUCGGAAGCAGCGGCUAUUCGGGUUUGAGAUUGGACUUUGGCCCUUCGACUGGUGCACGAGGAGUGAGUGCCCUUCCAUUUGCCUCCGCAGUCUAUGGGAGAAGAUCUGCCCUUUUCGUCGAGGAUAGUGAUAGUGAAUAUGAGGAGGAGGAAGAGGAUUCCAAGCCGGUGCCCGCGACAGAGCAGAAGGUAAAAGCAUUGAAGGCCGAUGAGCUGGAAGCCCUGUCAUCAUUGAUCAAGAGCUACUGGGACGGGGACAGUUCAGAGAAUCAGACAGCACCAGUCUUCAAGUUCGAGUUGGAUGAGUCCGUCUCCAAGGUUGAGCGGUGCAUGCUGGGUGACCUUCACUUGGUGAGUCCUGAAACUGAAAAGGUUGGACAGUUGGUCUCGGUCAUAAAGAGGUUUGAUUUGGUGUCGAUGAAAACACAAGAGAGAGGGUAUCAAGAACCAUUGGUGCUCACUAGUCUCAAUUUGGAGACCUUCGUAUGCAAGGUGGUGUCGGAGAGGGAGUCCUUCAGAGAUCCCAUUGACAAAGAGCCUAGCAGAGUUGGUCAUGUGACUCUGUCGAAUCUCAGGUUUGUGCGGCGGCCAACAGAUCGCGAGAUUGUCAACAUUUUGAAGUCUGGAGACUUCUUUCCACCGGAGGUGGGUGACCUACAUCAGCAGAGAGGCAAACCCGUGCCUGUGAAAGAAGUUUGGGAAGAUGAAGUGACAGGUCGUAUUCACUGGUCCUACGGUGAGCCAGCUCUGGAUGAGAAAGCUGCAUCGACUUGUUGCACCCGCAAGGGGCGUCUUGUGGCACCCUUUCGCGCAUUGCCCGCACCUGCAGUUCGGGACAUGGUGGAAGAGGAAACAAAGAAAGAUACGAUAGUGAAGCGUAUAUCUCCUGCCGGAUGGUGUGACAUUCCAGGCUUAUGGAAAGCUCUGGAUGCAGGGCACAACAUGCUGGAGGUGGCCUGUGUGAGUGCCAUCGUGAAGGAGAUGGUCGCUCUCACCGGGAAGCGGCGUGGUGGUCCCCGACCUGCCCUGCUUGUGGAUGUUGCGAAGGUGCCCUUGAAGCGGCCAAGAGUCAAGGUGAAAUGCAUGGACCAAGCCUUCAAGUGCCGAGCAGGGGCUCGCUUUGGACUGUUGAAGCAGAAUGCCUUGGGAAAAGACUGCAUCGACAGGUGUGGCUGUACUAUCGCUUUCUCGGAGAAGACAUGUAAAUAUCGUGUGAAGAUCGACAACUUUGACGAAGAGGUUGACAUGGAUGCCCGCAUGGGAAAGGCAAUUCAACUGCCACAGCUGGAGUAUGAAGGCGGGACCAGCCUGACGAUUCUACUUGAAGAUGGUCGACUGGUCAAUGCAACGGUGAGCCGCAGAGAGAAGUGGAACACCUUUGCGCUUCGCUUUCCAGACGAUAAAGGCGAGAAGGAGCAGCUCGUCCAGCUGAAUGAGGCGAAUCACGUGGAGGGCCACCUGGCGGAGUUGGAUGUGAAGGCCUACCAGACAUACUGCGAGACUCAGCGGGAUCGCUUCCGUUACCUUGAAGACAGUAUCACCUGCCAAAAGAUGGACGUUGAGACGCAAGUCAUCUACAUCGACACAGCAGUGGAAAAUGCCACCCGCCCUACACCGGACAUCAAAAGUCUGGCGGCCUUGCUGCUGGAUUCUGAUGGUGAGCGCUUCAAGGGGCAGCAACUCAUCUUCAGGUGCCUGAUGAUUGCAGGGCCUGGCACCGGCAAAACUUGGUCUUCUUGCCAGCUGAUGUACCACUUGAGUAAGGCGUGCGCGGAGAAUACUGUUACUACUGGGAUAGUGAAGAUGCCAGCGCUGAUCUUUGCGCAAAAGUUGGCAGGCAUGAUGCGCAAGGAUGGAAUUAGUGAUGUCAACUAUCACAAUCUGCCUUUGUCGGCUCAAAAUGCGAUCCUGGACAAGCCGUGGUUGGAGAAUGCUUUCAAGACCGAGUACGGCGACGCCUAUGGCGAUGUCCUGGUCCGGGCCUUGCGGCUGCGAAGUGCCGUGGUCAUCCUAGACGGUAUCGACGAAGCGUCUGAUGUGAAGGGAGUUCUCCAGAGCUACAUCAUGAGACGAUUGGUUCCUAUGCAAAUCUCGCUCGUGCUGACUUCCCGUCCGGAGGGCGUGAGUGCUGACUUGGGCACACUGAAGCAAUCCUUCGCGAUUAUGUCGCUGAAGCCCUUAUCCGAUGAGCAGCAGAAACAGAUCAUCUUGAACCAGGUGAAGAGUGAAGGCAACGAAUUCUUUGAGAAACUGAUGAAAUUUGCUGAGAUCCGUGCCACGCACGACAAGAUCUACUUCAAUGAAGCCUUCGCAAAUCCCAAGGAUCGGCGUUACAUGGAGAAACAGCUGCCUGCAACGAAUCGUUUCAAGAGAAGAGAACGGGCCGGAGAACCAGAAAAAUGGGACCCAACCAUGGUACAGCACACCUUGGAAGGGAAGGUUCUUGAAGCCACAGGCAUAGGCAAAGAGCCGACAUCAGAGUACUUGAAGGCUGCCAGUGCGUACUUCACAGACGAUCUCUUUGGUUUGAUGGACACAAUGCUAGCAGAGGAGAAGAAAACCGCAGAACUGCAGAAAGCGGUGAAGGAGAAGUUCCCAGGAACAGAUGCCUUCCAUAACGGUCCAUCCUUGGCCGAAAAACUCUACGAAUUGGCUGAGAAGAAAAAGGAAAAGAAGCACCGAGAAUUGUGGUCAAAGGUCAUGUCGGGCACAGACCAGUUGCUGACGGUGGCUGAGCACUUCAAGCCAGUGUUCGAGAAGACUGUGAAGGCACUGUGCCAAGAUGUGCAGAACCAGUUGAUCAAAGAGUCGCAGGAUAAUUCUCAGGAGAUGUCGUACGACCUGGUCCUGGGUCCGCUGAAAGACCCUGUUCGUGUGACGGAGAAGGCUGCUGAUGACUAUGCAGAUCGCUUUCCUACUUUCCUCCCUGAAGUCAACGUGGUAGAUGUGAUCCGUGCCCGCUUGGUAUGCAGCAGUGGUACCCAGAUGAAAACCUUCUUGAAGAAGAUCGAUGACGGCUAUCAAACAGAGAUUGAUGGCCAGAAGAUCAAGUUGAAUGUGGCACGGGUCAAAAACAAGUUUUCCAGCAAGGACAGCGAUCCUUCAAGAUUCCGGAAUGUGCUGCUGAACUUGCAGCUGUACUGCAACGAACACUUUCAUUUUGUUGAGUUGCAAGUCCAUCAUAAGAUGAUCCUCGAGUACAACGAUGUCAGUCAUGCCCAUGAUUACUAUGACUUCUUUCGAAGGGAGCUUGCGAAUCAGUACGGCAAAGCGAUGGAAGCCAGCUUGAACUUCAUGCUGGAAGAGCGGAUGCAGCUGUUCAAGGAAAUCUCAGAAGUUCCAGUCCUUCUAUCAGUGAUGACUAUGGCCUUGAUGCACUCAAACCAGAUGCCUUCGAGCCUUUUCAAGCUGUAUGACAUGGGUCUCCAAAACAUCUUGGAAAGUCAGCUGGGCGAGUUAGAAGAGGACCGCAAGGAUCAAAUGUGGCAACUCAUGCAGUUGGUGGCGCUGCACAACCAGCAGAAUCAGAAGCGCAUCUUCACCCAGAAAGAUGUGGAGACGGCCUUGGCCCAGAAACAGGAGUUCUUACCCAUUUGGACCAAAUUUGUUGAGCAGGGUGAUGUGCCCUUCGUGAAGAUUCUGGCUGACGGCGAAGAUGCAGAGUAUCAGUUCAGGCACCUGAGUUUCCAAGAGGCGCUAGCAGCACAAGUCCUGGCUGAAGAGACCGGCCCUUUGGGGGUUAAGGCAGCGGAGCAGUUCAAGAAGAUUGGUGGGAGUCUGGCAAACUUCUUGAAUAUGCCCUUUUACCGCAACAUGCUGCGAAUUGGUGCUGGGUUUGUGGGUGAUGUCUUUGGCAAAUAUUGGCCAUUGACUUCACAGCUGACUGAUGAUGGGCGAGCAGGCCUGUGGAACCUGCUCCUGGGAGCGAAGAAGUUGAUCUUGGUCAGCUUCUUGCGCCCACAUGUGGAAACUCACAAAGCUUAUGAAAAGGCCAUGUUUCCGGAAAGAUCUGAAGAUUGGUUCUACACCAUGUUCCUCUACAAGUCCACCAUCGAAUUCAAGGGUGGCUCUGUGAUGUACUCAUUGCGGAAGAUCAAGAGUCAGGUGCAGAAUCUUGAGGCUGCCUUGGUGUCGAAUGCUGCCUGCCACCUCCUCUUCCGCGGCAAUGAGCUGGACCUGUCGGCCUUUGAGGUGAAGUCUGACAGCUUCCCUGUGCAUUGGAAUGGCGAAGCCAAAGCCUUGGACUUGGCAAAGACACCUGGGAGAAUCGGGCUGCAGCUGAAGAUGAACUCGAAGAACUCCAUCGUGCACUUUCAGGAGAGUGAAGUGGAUGCACUGGACCCGCCUCGGCCAAAGAUGGAAAUCGCUGAUAGGGUAUCCGAGUUGCACGGCACGUCCGGCACGCGCUGGAUUUUUGUGUCUCCUUCACCACAGGAGCCCUUCAGCUUUGAUCCCAGUCUCUGCACCAAAGUGAUCCCCGUCUACAUCCGCAACUCCGGUUCGAAGCUUGACAAGCGGGACAACCUCAUAGCGCAUGAGGGUGCCGCAGAGGAUUUUACUGCUUCAUCUUAUCAGAGAUUCUAUGAUCCGGGUAUGAGCGCAGAUCGCGAAAGCUCGGAGAAAGUGCCGCGACAGUGGUUUGCCUAUGGGGUGCAGAAAAGAUCCUACAAUGAAAUAGGCGUUUUUGGUGGCCUUCAGGAAUUUCUAGCAGCACCAGCUGCCGGCAAACGAAGAGCGAUCGAGCUGGUUCAUUCGGGUUUACGUUCUGUACGUCAAAAGUCUCACGCGGAGUUUGGGCGUUUCGAUCGAUCAGACGAGCUUUUGUUGGCAGAGAAGGGUCGUGCUGCUGGGGGCUUCUGUGGAGGUGAUUUAGUACGUCACUAUGGCCGAGUGGACAAGGUUACCUGGACGUCCCGCAGAAAGCAACGUAUGGCAGUCCGUUUCGUCUCCCUGCGAGCAGCGUUUUUGUCAUGGAAGAUGGCCCGCCACAUCCCUGAGCCGCAGGAAACGCAAGAAGCCAAGCCAGAGCUCAAGGAAUCGCAGCCGAAGGAGCCGAAGGAGCCGAUGGAUGCAGGACCAAAGAUAGGAAAGCGAGAAGUGGUACAAGUACCUGCAGAUGCCAAAGAAGAGGAACAGACCAGGAGAGAGAUGGCCGAAGUCAAGUUUUGGCAUGAUGCGGGGGGCAAUGCUGAGAAAUUUCAGGGAUCCAAUGCCGAAGAAGGUUUGUUGCGCCUCACGAGUCUUUGGAGCAAAGCUUGGAAAGAACAAGGCCAUCGAUUGAGCGAUUUCCAGCGCUUUUUGACCGAUAUGGCUCUGCCGGUGUUGAGACAGAGCCGGCUGCGCGACCUCCGACCAUGGCUUCGGCAAGGAGGUGCACAUGAGCAUCCUAGAAGCGGCCUCAAGGGUGUGAUACCCAGCACCUUCUUCACACAUCGCCUUGACGAUGCCACGGCUUUUCUGCAAAAGUGCCUUGGCUGUGCAGGGUAA